GGUUGAGGAGAAUAUUGCCCACAGCAGACUCCAGACUACUUGGCAUUAAAGACGACUAGUGGUGGAAGCUGCGGGAACCCGUCUUCAGAAUCUACUGAUCAGUUUUCUUGCCAGCACCAAAUUUGGAUCAACUUGGUGGAGAAACUAGAGGAAAACUAGGAUCUUUGCCUAAAUGGUGGAGGCCUGAUCUGAACUUGUUCUUCCAAUCCUGCUGCCAGUUGUGAGCCUUGUCUGCACCAUCUCUAACAAGAAAAACUCAGUGCGAAAGUAACCAUUCUUUGAUCCCUUAUUUGAUCACCAUCUCAAACACAUUUAAAGUGUUAUUUACAGUCUUGAGGAAGUACACAACUAAGCGUUUCCUGGUUUACUUCUGUGCGACAUCAUGGCCAAGAAAAACCAAAAGGAUACGUCUGGCGUGGUUUUUGACACUCGCUCAAAAAUGGCGAUGUCCCAGGGAGGAACAGCUGAGAGGAUGAAGGAGAAGAUCAGUGCCGUCAGGGCAGUUGUCCCCAACAAAAGUAACAACGAGAUUGUUCUGGUGUUGCAGCAUUUUGAGAACUCUGUUGACAAGGCCGUUCAAGCUUUCUUAGAAGGCAGUGCAGUUGAGAUCCUGAAGGAGUGGAAUGUCACCGGCAAAAAGAAGCCCAAGAAGAAAAAGAAGCCCAAGCCCCAGCCAGAGGCUUCAGCAGAGCCUGCUCCACCUGAGGCCACGUCGGCCGAGGAGGGCAAGGAUGAGGUGAACGGUUUCCACGCCAACGGCUCAGUAAUGGACGGAGAGUCGCUUGAUUCUCUGAGUGAACAGUUGGAUUCCGCCUCCCUGGAUGCAGCCGAGCUGGACUCUGAACCCGCUACAUCCGAAACCACCGGUGCAGAAGCAGAAAGUCAAGGUAGCGCUCCAAGUCCCCCUUUACAGCAAGGAGGGAGGAAUCACCAUGGUCCCAGAGGCAACAAGAACCGACACAGGCAGGGCUCAAAUUCACAUCCACCCACUUCCUCAUUUCCACCCAGUGAUGAACAAGGAGCAUCCACCAAGAAGAUUGCUACCAACAUUGAGCGCUCUGUGAAGGACCUGCAGAGAUGCACCGCCUCGCUGACUCGCUACAGGAUGGUGGUCAAGGAGGAGAUGGAUUCCUCAAUCAAGACGAUGAAACAGACGUUCGCUGAGCUCCAGAGCUGUUUAAUGGACAGAGAAGUGACUCUACUGGGAGAAAUGGACAAAGUGAAAGCAGAGGCCAUGAUGAUUUUGGACGCCCGGCAGAAGAGAGCGGAGGAGCUCAGACGGCUGACGGACCGGUCGGCGUCCAUGUCUGAGGAGCAGCUGUCUGAACUGCGUGCAGACAUAAAGCACUUUGUGAGUGAGCGUAAAUAUGAUGAAGAUCUUGGGAAAGCUGUAAGAUUUACAUUUGAACUUGAACCUCUGAAGACGAGCAUCACAGGGUUCGGAUCAGUUUACCAUCCACGUACAGGCUACUCAAACAGGUCCCGUUGUAGCUCCACAUCCUCUUCUGUCGCCAGCCCGAGCCUCCAGGAAACUCCUCCUCCUCCCACCCAGACCCAAAGCGUCCCCAGUGAACACCGUCCUCCACCAAACAAACAGAUUUUCCAAGGCAACAGGCGUACUUUCCAAGGACAAGGGUAUCACUCGGGCGGUCAGAGGUAUAACGGCGGUUCGUAUCAUGACAGGAACCCCGGCCGUGCUAACCACCGCUACCAAAGCGACAGUGGCUCUUCUGGUCCUUCACAGCACUCGCACAGCUCCAGAGGUCCCCACCAUUCCUCCACGUCCUCCAACAACCAAGACCGACCCUCUCAUAACGGGCUGCCCCAAAGGCUUCCGCGGACACACUGCCCUUGACAUUGGAAAUCCCGCGCUUAAAAAAACCCAUCUACUAACCCUCGCACUCCCCCCUCCCCGUAUCCUCCCCAGACCCUCCACACUCUCCCCCGUACUAACUCCUCUCGAUGAAGAAUAGAAUACAAGUUUACAUAUUUCCGUCAGUUGAGCUGUAGUGCCACCUCUCUACAUCCAUUCAUCCUUCGAACUUGAAAAAGCUCUCACUCACUUCUCAUCUGUAAUCGCUCUUCCUUUUCCUUUUUCCCUUCCUCGUUAAGAUAACAGCUCCUAUCUUUAGGCCCCUUUGAGAGAUCUCAUUGCUACGCUAUCAUCAGUAUGAUUUUCAUUUUUUGCAGUUAAGCUCUCCGCCAUAGACUGACAUGAUUACCUGCAACAAUUUGUGCACUAUUGAAGUCGAACUCUUAGUACUAUUUCUAUUUUUGCUGUGGCUUAUGUCAGCUCUCUGAUUUGCACCUCAGAUCUUCUUCUUUUUUUGUGUUUGUUCUCGUCUCCCAGAACCAUUUCAAUGCCUUCACUGUGGGAAGUGUAGUGAAAGCGCAAAAGUAGUUCUAGCAUUAGAGAUUUCUGUCAUCAGGAGAGUAGACAUGCAAUCAACACUACAGACUAUCGUUAAUCUUUACAAGGUAAAAAAAAAAAAAAUCAAACAUAUCAAACUGUAAUCCAGAGCUUUUCGUAUGGCUGCUACAAACCAUAGGGAACUUGUAAACACUAGGACUAGAAUGUGUUUGAGAGUAACUCUGUGAACUCAGAGGCUGCCCUCUGGAAGGAAAACGUCGACAUUUGAGAAAAGGCUCAGCUUGGAUAAGAAGAUAGAUACCACUCUCAUGUCUGUACAACAAAUAUGAAGAUAUCGCCACAAAAUCAAGCUACCAGCACCUCCAAAUUUCAAACUUUCUAUCUUGUUUAUUUCCUCCAAAAAUUGAAGUGUUAAAACCACAAGUUUUGGUUUUAUGGCAGAAGACACCUAGCAGUUUUCUUAUUUACCAGUCUUUAUGCUAAGCUAAUCAGGCUUCAUAUUUACCACACAGACAUGGCCGUAGUAGCAAUUUUCUUAAACGUGCUUUUUCCAAAAUUGUCGAGCUGUUCCUUUUUAAAGCGACAGUUGGCCCUGAAAUCAAAAAUGUACAUUUCUUUCUCUUACCUGUAGUGCUAUUUAUCAGUCUAGAUUUUUGACAAUGUCAGUUGGCACAUAAGAUAUACUGUCUUUUUACAGUUUUCAAUUUCAUUUAUGGCACAAAGAAAUAGCAAAUUUUCACUUUUUUUUUUUUUUUUU